AUGUCUGCAGCUGAGAAUGUUAUUGGUCUCAACGUGCACAAGGUCGUCGAACCCGACUCCGACCAAGGCGUACACCCCGAGAAGGCUCAACAAGUCAGUACCCUCGACGUAGAGUCCCAAAACAACUCCCUCGAUCAGGCACACUCUGUCAUCGAUGAUGAUGCCUACCCGGCUCCGACUGCUGAAGAGCGGUCGACGCUUCGCAAAGUUGCAGACUCCAUCCCUAUCACAUCAUGGUCUCUUUGCGUGGUAGAAAUGGCCGAGAGAGCAUCAUACUAUGGUGUCAAGGCCGCUUUCAACAACUAUCUCCAGUUUCCACUGCCCGAAGGAGGUCCUGGCACCGGUGCCAUCGACAAGUCCAAGCCUAAUUCCCAUGCCGGCGCUCUUGGUCUGGGACUGCAGACAGCCUCUGCCUUGGGUCUCCUCUUCACCUUCCUGGCCUACGUCAUUCCCAUCUUUGGUGCGUGGAUUGCAGACGUCAAGAUCGGCCGUUACAAAGCCAUUGCAUGGGGUGUUGGUAUUGGAGGUGUUGCCCAUGUUAUCAUGGUCGGAGGCGCUGCUCCGUCAAUCCUGCAAGCCGGCAAAGGUGUUGCCCCGUUUCUUAUCAGCUAUUUCCUACUUGCCAUCGGAGCCGGUAUCUUCAAGCCCAAUGUUGCACCGACAGUCAUCGACCAGUACAAGCACCAACGCGAGUACACCAAGGUGCUCAAGUCGGGAGAGAAGGUCAUCGUCGACCCCGAGACUACAGUCAACCACAUCAUGCUGAUCUUCUACGCCUUCAUCAACGUUGGCGCCUUCUUCUCCAUCGCCGUCGUCUACAUUGAGAAGUACCACAGUUUCUGGCUGGCAUAUCUCGUUCCUGGUAUCGUCUACUUCCUGCUUCCGCUUUUGCUUGCCGCCACGUACAAGCGCACAGUCAGAGUCGCACCUCAGGGUUCCGACUUGAACCGCUUCGUCAAGAUCACAGUUUCCGCAAUCAAGGCGAGCAAGGGAAACAUCUUCUCCAAGAAUGUGUGGCAGAACGUCCGCCCUACCGCUCUCGCCGAACGGGGAGUCCAUGUCGGCUACUCUGAGAAGGAUGUUGACGAUGCUCGCCGCACGUGGCAAGCAGUUCAGAUCUUCCUCUACAUCCCAAUCUGGUACUUGAACGAUGGCGGCGUUGGAAACGUCCAGAGCAACCAAGGUGCGGCAAUGACAUCUGACGGCGCACCGAACGAUUUGCUUAGUCACUUCAACCCCUUGGUCAUCAUCGUCUUCUCACCCUUCAUGGCCAAUGUCGUCUACCCCUUCCUCGAGCGUAGAAACGUCAAGUUUGGACGCAUCAGCAGGAUGACAGUGGGAUUCGUUUUGGCCAUUAUCUCUUCCCUCAUUGGUGCAUUGGUACAAUGGCGUGUCUAUGAGACGAGUCCUUGUGGCUACGCUGCCAGCGACUGCGACGACGUCUCCCCUCUCUCGAUCUGGUGGCAAAUUCCCAAUGUCGCACUCGGUGCGAUGUCCGAGAUCUUCAUCAACGUCACGGCCUACGAGUUGGCUUAUGCUCGCGCCCCGGAGCACAUGAGAUCGACCGUUGUUGCUCUGUUCCUCUUCAUGACAGCCUUGAGCAGUGCCUUGGGACAGAUUCUUCUUCCGUCUAUCGCGGACCCAACCCUAAUUUGGGCUUGGGCUGCCCCUGGUAUCGCCCUCUUCGUUCAGACCAUCGUCUUCUGGUUCAGACACCGUCAUCUCAACGACGAUGUAUUCAUGACGUACAAGGAGGACUUCGAGAGCGUCAAUUCCGGGGAGAAGAAGAUUGUUGAGAAAGAUGAGAAAUGA